AGCAACGAGCAGAAACGAAACUUAGGGAGGUCAGUUAAAACGUUGCAUGAAGUUUGGGUGGGGCUCUUCGAGGAAAGGAAUUGCUUUCUGAACUCACAGAUACACAGAGAGAAGCACAGGUCAGACAGAAGCAUGGCGUCUUCUUCCUCCUUCUCAGAAGAUCUGACAUGUUCGGUCUGUUUAGGUAUCUUCACUGAUCCAGUAAGUGUCUUCUGUGGACACUCUUUCUGCAGGGAAUGCAUCACACUUUCUCUGAAAUCACUGGAUCAGUGCCCACAGUGUCGGGCGACUGUUCCUACAGACAGGAUGGAUUUCACAACUAAUCACAUCUUAAAAAGUCUUGCUGAAAAAGCAAAGGAGAAGGAAUCUGGAAAAGACACUAAGGCUGCUGUGGGGUUUUGCCCGGAACACGACGAGAAGCUGAAGUUGUUCUGCGUCACUGAUCAGCAGCUAACUUGUAUUAUAUGCAGAGACUGUGAAAGACAUGAAGGACACAAGUUUAAGCCAAUCAAAGAAGCUGCUGCAUCAGUCAGAAAGGAGGUAGAGACUCUGGUGGAAAAGGAAUCCUCUGACUUCAGUGCCAUAGAACGUCUGGCCGAGUCACAGAACAAAGAAAUAAGAAAAUCCAAAGAGAAGUCUCAGAGGCUGAGGAUCCAGAUUAGCAGCCAGUUUCAGGAGAUGCAGCAGUUUUUAAAAAGGAGAGAAGAUGAAAUUCUGAAUGAGCUGACAGAGAAGGAGAAUGAUGAGCUUGAGAAGAUGAGGGAGAGCUUAAACGUUGUUGAAAAAGCUUUAACUGAAGGCAGAGAGGUUUGGGAACAGAUGAAAUCUGUUCUGGAGAUUACAGAUCCUGAGAGUUUCCUAAAGAGCUGGCAAGAGAGCAAAAUGACACCAAAACCCAACCAGCAAGGAUCAAAUCUCCAAGUGGUGACCUCUUCUCUCUCACUGGGUCACUAUGAGAGCCACCUGCAGUGGUUUGUGUGGAAGGAGAUGCUACAGAUGAUCCAGCCUCAAGCAGAAAGGCUUUUAUUUAACAGCCAAAAGCCACCUGAUUGGUCCAAAUGGUCUGGUAUUUCUAAUAACUGGAAUCCAAUGCAAAGAAUGAAAUAUAAUUUUCCAACAUGUACUUGUCAUUCUAACUAUGUCAGUUUACUAUCACAGUGGCAGGAAUACUACAGACUUCAAACUACUUAUACGACUAGUGUAAACCAGAUCUCACCAGGACCACAUUAUUGGGAGAUAGAUGUUGAUAACAAGAACUGUUGGACAGUUCAGAUACUGAAACAUUCCCUGACAUGCAAAGAUAACAAAUACACCACCACUCAUAAAAAAGCUAAGAAAGAAGUGAAGUUUGCAAGCAAACCUAAAACAAUCGGCUUUUAUUUGAACGGCAACUCUCAGGAGCUCCACUUCUUUGAUGCAGACACCAUGCAGCAUGUUUUUUGUUUAUUAAACAGUGAGUAAUCUCUGCUAAAACUCAUAUUUGAUUACAAGCUUUGCCAAAAAGGAAGAACCAACUGGUUAAUAGGUUGAGGGUUACAUUUUCAUAUAGGAACAGGCUGGUCAAUUCUGUGCCUAACAUGAAUUCAUCUGUUGAAAAGUGAAUUUUCAUCUGUUUAGUUUUUCCUCAUUUAUCAAAGUUAUUUCUGUCUGUUUGAUCUGAAAUAUUUCUCUGACAAAUCAAAUACUGAAAAAUUCUCUUAGUGGACAAACUGCUGCAAGCAGAAACAUAAUUUUGUGGAUGUUGUGAUUUACAAUGUUUUCUUUUUUUACUUAUUUUUUUUCAUCUUUGUUGUUUUAAUAGCUGAAUUAAAAAACAUGUUCUAUCUUAUAUCUGAGAAGAUCUUCAAUCUUCUCAGAUCUUGAUUUUUGUUGAACUGAAGCAAAGCUUGUCAUUUUUCAUGCCUAGUCUAUGUUACAAUGCUUACAAAAUAUUGACUUAAAAAUGAUUUGGGUUAUAAUUUUACACUUGCCUUUAACUUUAAGAAUGAAUGUGUCUGAAUUGAAAUGUUAUGACAUGUACAAUGUAAUUCUUGUUUGCUGUUUUAAUAAUGUAAAUGUAAAACAAUUGGGUGAUAUGAAUAAAUAAGAAGGGAGAAAUGGUA